GCGGUCAAUGCAUGACGGAGUGGGUAAAAGUCGGGUGAAAAGUGGUGGUAAAAUCCCCGGUUUCCAGCUCCGUAGCGUGACUUGGAUCAUGCUCGUGUGUGGUGCUGGUGUGGCGUGAGGCAAUGCCCAUUCAUCGUUUCGUCUCGCCGCUUUGACGAGCGAGUAAAUUAACAUCAAGCAAGUUCGGGGCUCGGUCGCUCGGGCGUCGCCUCGUCACAGCGAAGUGCGAAUAUAUAAUCAACGAUUUACCAUUCCGCGUCCAUAACUGGAAAUAGUGUCUCAUCGGCGAUACGCGGCAGCCGUACGCCUCUCCAUUGACAUUUUAGCCAUCUGUGAUAUAAUACUUUAUGUAUCCUGUUGAAAGUUUUUAGGUUAAUUCGCCACCGACCGGUGAACAGUGCAUCGUUUACUAUAUUUAGACGACAGACUGUGCUUGUUUUCUGUGAUUAGUUCAAUAGUUUCGGACUGGUACCAUGGAGGCGUCAAUGAGUUAUAAUCUUGACGUAUCGCCGAAUUAUUCGUACAUUUUCGAAUUCGAAAACGAGUUUAUUCAUCAAAAGUCUAGGAAAUGGAUGACUGAGAAUUGGACUGUCGCUUUCUAUUAUGUGGGAGUGUACAUGGCAUUCAUUUUCGGAGGACAAUAUUACAUGCAGAAUCGACCCAGGUUCGAGUUGCGGCGAACGCUGAUAGUAUGGAACAGUGCGCUCGCAGCUUUCAGUAUCAUGGGCGCAUGCCGGACGUUGCCAGAAUUCCUCCACGUGCUGAGGAACUACGGUAUCUAUCACUCCAUUUGUGUGCCGAGUUUCAUCGAGCACGACAAAGUGUCCGGCUUCUGGACGUGGAUGUUCGUCCUGUCGAAGUUGCCUGAACUGGGCGACACGGUGUUCAUAGUCCUGCGCAAGAAGCCGCUCAUCUUCCUGCACUGGUACCACCACAUCACCGUACUUCUGUACACCUGGUUCUCAUUCACUGAGUUCACGUCUUCGGCGCGCUGGUUCGUCGUCAUGAACUAUUGUGUUCACAGUGUAAUGUACACCUACUACGCGCUGGUCAGUAUGGGGAAGUACCCACCAAAGAUGUUCGCGAUGACCAUCACAGUGCUGCAGCUCACGCAGAUGAUCGUCGGCUUCGCGGUCAACAUCUGGGCUCACAACUACAUGACAACCGCGCCGCCGCAUACUUGCGGCAUCAGCCAGAUCAACAUCAAGCUGUCCAUGGCCAUGUAUUUCUCAUACCUCAUUCUCUUCGCGCAGUUCUUCUACAAAGCGUACCUCUCCCCCUCGGGAAAGAAAGAGAGGAAAGAUAAAUCGGAACCCCUCCCGGACAUUUCGACGUCGAAGAAGAUGGAGUUUAAUAACGUUAACGGUAACUUGAGACAGAGAAACGGUGUGGUGCACUAGUCGGUAUGUUGUGAUAUGAUUAGUAUUUGUACAGCGUUAUGCGCGGACGCCGGUUGAAACAAUUUUCCGAUUUAAGAAAACGCCCCGAAAACUUACGCUUAAAAACUGGUUCAAAAAACGUUUACGUAGAAGUUGAAUUGAAAUAUGCUUUAUUGUACACCAUCAUAAAAAAACACUAAGUAAAACAUUACACUACAAUAA